UAAAACUCAAAGGUACACAUGCUUUCUCCACGACUCUAAAUACUAAAUAAUGAACGACAAGUAAUCACAAAUAAUUAACCAGUGCAGUAACACAUUGUGAUAAGAAAAAUGUUGCGAUUAUUUACAUUCAUCUCGAUUGUUUUAUUCCAAGUGACGAAUGCUGCGGAAAAAAAUGAAACUUUCAAAACACCUGAAUACAUCAUCCCAUGUUACAAAGCCGACCCCGAAAUCAACAAAUGCCUCCAACGCACAUUCAACCACCUUAGGCCCUAUUUAUUAUCAGGAAUCCAAGACAUAAAUGUACCUAGCAUCGAUCCUUUAAAAAUUGAUAAGCUGGUGAUGGAAAAUGGUCAAGGAGCGUUAAGAAUCCGUGCCCUCUUCCACAAUGUCACAGCUUCCGGUGGCAGCAAUUACACCAUCACCAAAAUAAAAGCUGAUGUCGUGAAUUAUAAUAUCGAGUUGGGGUUCAAAUUGCCCCGAGUUGAAAUCAAAGGAAAAUAUGAAGUAAACGGAAACGUUCUCUUGUUUCCAGUGAGGUCGAAAGGCGACUUUUGGGCCAUUUUUCUCGAUGUGGAUGCCGCUGCAAAAAUCUACGGAAAAGAGUUUAAAGACACGACGAAUACCCGAUUUAUGAAGAUUGAAAAAUUAUUGAUCGAUUUCAGGUUGCAGAAGAGUAGGUUUAGAGUCAGGGAUAUUAUCAACCAUGGCAAUAUUAUUGGUGAAGCCAUGAAUCAGUUUUUGAACAGCAACGCAAACGAGAUUAUUGCUGAAAUGAAGCCAGCGGCAAAUGCAGCAAUAGCUAAACAUUUCAAAGGGUUCUUGAACAGUGCGUUUUUAAAAUUACCACUGAAAGUUUGGUUGCCUGACGCUUAGGCGUUUUUCAUCGUAGUUAAUUUAGUUGUUUUUACAAAUUGAUCUAUUGGCAAUUUUUCAAAAAUCGCCAUUUAGAACUAAACGAUUUAAGCCCAGUGGCUCUCUAAUAUUGUACAUACAAUUUUUGUAAAAUAUGUUCUUUUUUGGACAAAUUGUUUAUAAUAAAAAUAAAACACUUAAA